AUGUCUUCAGAGCCUGAUCACGUUCAUCACAAGCAGAGGGUUAAUCUCACUGAUCCCUCAGGCGCCGAAAAGAAAGAGGAGAUGGAUACAUCGACAGCUAUUCUCAAAAAGAAGAAGAAGCCCAACUCGUUGAUUGUCACCGACGCCGUCAACGAUGACAACUCGAUUAUUGCUUUGUCCAACAACACCAUGGAGACCUUGCAGCUCUUCCGUGGUGACACAGUCUUGGUCAAGGGAAAGAAGCGAAAGGAUACCGUUUUGAUCGUCCUCGCCGAUGAUGACCUUGAUGAUGGCAGUGCCCGUAUCAACCGUGUGGUCCGACACAACCUCCGUGUGAAGCACGGCGACAUUAUCACUGUCCACGCAUGCCCAGAUAUCAAAUAUGCCAAGCGAAUUGCCGUUCUUCCCAUCGCCGACACAGUCGAGGGUCUCACCGGUUCCCUGUUCGAUGUUUUCCUUGCACCUUAUUUCCGCGAAGCUUAUCGCCCCGUCCGACAAGGUGAUUUGUUCACAGUUCGCGGUGGUAUGCGACAAGUAGAGUUCAAGGUGGUGGAGGUCGACCCUCCCGAGUACGGUAUUGUUGCUCAGGACACAAUCAUCCACUGCGAAGGCGAGCCUAUUCAGCGUGAAGACGAGGAAGGAAACCUUAAUGAAGUUGGCUAUGACGAUAUUGGUGGCUGCCGGAAACAGAUGGCACAAGUGCGAGAGCUUGUGGAGUUGCCUCUUCGUCAUCCUCAGCUGUUCAAAUCUAUCGGUAUCAAGCCCCCUCGAGGUAUCCUCAUGUACGGUCCUCCCGGUACCGGUAAGACUUUGAUGGCUCGUGCCGUCGCCAACGAGACCGGUGCUUUCUUCUUCCUCAUUAACGGUCCCGAAAUCAUGUCUAAGAUGGCCGGUGAGUCCGAGUCCAAUCUGCGCAAGGCCUUCGAAGAGGCCGAGAAGAACUCGCCUGCCAUCAUCUUCAUUGAUGAGAUCGACUCCAUCGCUCCCAAGCGUGAUAAGACCAACGGAGAGGUUGAGCGCCGUGUCGUUUCUCAGCUUUUGACUCUCAUGGACGGUAUGAAGGCUCGCUCAAACAUCGUCGUUAUGGCCGCUACCAACCGCCCCAACUCCAUUGAUCCUGCUUUGCGUCGUUUCGGUCGUUUCGAUCGUGAGGUCGACAUUGGUAUCCCUGACCCAACCGGCCGUCUUGAGAUUCUUCAGAUUCACACCAAGAACAUGAAGCUCGCAGAGGAUGUUGAUCUUGAGGCUAUUGCUGCUGAGACUCAUGGUUACGUUGGAUCCGAUAUUGCCUCUCUCUGCUCGGAGGCUGCCAUGCAGCAAAUUCGUGAGAAGAUGGAUCUUAUCGACCUCGAUGAGGAUACCAUCGACGCCGAAGUGCUCGACUCUCUCGGUGUCACCAUGGACAACUUCCGGUUUGCCCUUGGUGUUUCCAACCCAUCUGCUCUUCGCGAAGUCGCUGUUGUGGAGGUGCCCAACGUUCGCUGGGAAGAUAUUGGUGGUUUGGAAGAAGUCAAGAAGGAGCUUAUCGAGAGCGUCCAGUACCCCGUCGAGCACCCUGAAAAGUUCCUCAAGUUCGGCCUCUCUCCUUCACGUGGUGUACUCUUCUAUGGUCCUCCCGGUACUGGUAAAACUAUGCUUGCCAAGGCCGUUGCCAAUGAGUGCUCCGCCAACUUUAUUUCCGUGAAGGGACCCGAGUUGCUUAGUAUGUGGUUUGGUGAAUCCGAGAGCAACAUCCGUGAUAUCUUCGACAAGGCUCGUGCCGCUGCUCCUUGUGUUGUGUUCUUGGAUGAGCUGGAUUCCAUUGCUAAGGCACGUGGUGGUUCCGUUGGAGAUGCUGGUGGUGCAUCCGACCGUGUGGUCAACCAGCUUUUGACUGAAAUGGACGGUAUGACUUCGAAGAAGAACGUUUUCGUCAUUGGCGCAACAAACCGACCUGAACAGCUCGACCCUGCACUUUGCCGACCUGGCCGUCUUGACACACUUGUCUAUGUUCCUCUUCCCGAUCAAGCUUCUCGUGAGGGUAUCCUCAAGGCUCAGCUUCGCAAGACCCCUGUCGCUCCUGAUGUGGAUCUUGCUUACAUUGCCAGCAAGACACAUGGUUUCUCUGGUGCCGAUCUUGGCUUCGUGACCCAGCGUGCCGUCAAGCUUGCUAUUAAGCAAUCCAUUGCCCUUGACAUUGAGCGCCAGCGAGAACGCGAGGCUGCCGGUGAAGACAUUGAAAUGGAUGAAGCUGAGGGCGAGGACCCCGUCCCCGAACUCACCCGUGCUCACUUUGAGGAGGCCAUGGCUUCUGCUCGUAAAUCUGUUAGCGAUGUUGAGAUUCGUCGUUAUGAGGCAUUCGCUCAAAGCAUGAAGAACUCUGGUGGCAGUGCUUUCUUCCGCUUCCCUUCGGCCGAGGAGGUUACUGGUGGUGAUUCUGCGCAGAAUGGAUUUGGCGAUGCAGGCAACGACGACAGCCUGUAUGAUUAA